AUGAAUUUGAAAGCUUUUUUGGUCAUGUUCUUUAUGUUGGUUGCGGUUAAAUAUUCUGAUCAAGUAAGAAAAAUUCCAACUUCUUGUCCUAUCGAACCAGGAUUUUAUUUUCUUAAAGAUUUUGUAAUUGACGACAGUUUCUUGACAUAUGCAAUUCCAACAUCCAAAGUUCUUAUUACAAUCGUUCUGAGUUCAAAGAUGGAUGAAAGGAUGAUUGAAUUGGGUGACCAGAAAGUUCAAUUUGAAGUCAAGACUCGCGAGAAAUGGGAAAAGGAGAGAAAAAAAGCAAAACAAGGUUGA